AUGUUUGGACGUGUGUUAGAAUCAAUUGAACAAGUUGUUGCACCAAAUCCAACACUUUUUCAAAGUUUUGAACAUUAUUGGAAACUGAUAAAAGUAUUUUACACGAACACAAAUCAAAGUGAUAGACACAUCGAUGAUACAAAUAUUCCUUUUUAUUUGGAGCAAAUGCUGCAAAUUUUAAUAAAAGAGCAAGAUGAAGUUAAAGAGUAUCACAGGAUGAAAAUGCAAUCACCCGAAAAACACAUUGAAAAGAAACUUGCCGAAUGUAUGGAAUUCAUGUUAGAAAAUAAACCAUUAGACUUGAUGGUUGACUUAGCAAUUAGCGAGAAACCUGUGGGAUGCAGACAAUUAGUGCUGAGAUGGAGUCGAAAGUAUCUUACGUGUUUGGAACAUCCUGUGAUUGCUCAUGGAAGUAUUUUUAAACCACUUCUCAAACUCAUGACUGUCUGUAAUGGAACAAUGGCUUCACCAUACGAACUCGACGAAAUACUGUUUUUAGAAGCUGUUUCGGGUCUUGUCGGUAAAACUCCAGAGUAUGUCAAGCUUUUUAUUCCACCUCAUCAGUUCAGUGAUUCAACAACUGAAGGAAUCUUCAGUACAAAAACGCCCAAGGACAACCAACUUUUUGCGUCGUCAAAGCUGGAACCAAAUAUAAGAAGAAUUUCUUUAAUGGUGAGUGAUGAUGAGGAAAUCAAGUACAAUGGCGAGGAAACAGUUCAAAAAAAGACGAUAACUCCAUCACCAAAAAAGAUUUUAAAAAAUUGCAAUUGUGAUGACGGCGAUCGUUUCAUUCUUUUAGACGCAAUUAUGAGUUAUUUGGAAAGUGCUGAUAGCAAGAUUGUUGUUCGAGCAUGUGAAGCUAUUCUUAUUUUAGUUUCAUUAAAACAACUUCAUAAUCACUGUUCAGCUGUCAAUGCUUCGUUCACCGAACUCUGUCAUGUUAUAGGCGAAAAAUUGUUUUUUUGUGCUGAACAAAUACCUGAAGACAUGGAUCUUGGAGAUAUUGACGAUUGCAACGUUUCAUGGGGUUUGUUCCCUAGAGAUGACCAAAGUCACUUUAUUGGUCGAUAUCAGUUAACUUCCUUCCUAUGUUGGCUUGAUUUCACGGAUUUUCUUACGAAAGAAAAUUUACUGGUGUCUGAUCUCGUUGGAAUGCUUUUUCGAGAACAAGUUUUGGAAAGGAUCAUUGAACCAAAUCUUCUGGAACUUAAUCCCGUCUUUGGAUUGGUGAUGACAUCAAAAAUUAUCAAGCAAAUUCAUUCUGAAAAUCUUCUUGAAGAAAUUGCAACAUGGUUGGUAGGGACAGAAAUAAACGGAACAGACUGUCUGCUCAAUAUUCUUAUUGAAAACGCACAAGAUAAUCCAAAUAUACUUUUACAAACACUUCAGUUUGUUGAAGCGUUGUUGGACAAUCCAAAUGAAAGAAUUCUUCAUUCAAUGCUUUUCAUUUAUGUUAAUAAUCGAGGAUAUUAUGAUUCUUUGAAAGCUCACGAAAUUGAUAGUUGGUCAGACGAAGAAGAAAAACGUGAGAAGCGUCGUGGAAGUGUGGAAAGUUCAAUCAAAUCAAAAACAAUGGCUCCCAAUAAUAUUCUUAAAGUGAUUAAUAAUUUUCUGCUUCUUCUUCCACGCCAAUUGAUGGCUGAAAGUGUUGGAACCUGUUAUGAAGAGUACAUGCAAGAUGCCAGUCGUCAUUACAAAUUGUGGAUAAAUAAAACAUCGAAAUUUCACUGGCCAAUUGAAGCAUCAUCGCCUAUAAAACGUGUUCGUAAUAAAUCGCCAACGACUGCUGAAUGCAAUGAUAGUGGAAUAUCGGAAGAAUAUUCUUUUUACGAAGGACCCUUGCUAAGACUUUUAUUUAAUCAAAUAAGAAAUAUGGGAGAACAGCCUUAUGAAAUGAAUUUAGCUUCUAUUGCUAUUUUAUCAAAACUUGCGUUGUUACCGCAUCCUUAUUUACAUGAAAUAUUACUUAGCACGGAAAUUCCAAUCGUCUGUGGGGCUUCAACAUUGUUCACUGUCAUCCAGUCACUUUCAAAGAAAUUGCUUGCAGAAAUUCCAAGAUAUCCUGAGUUUUCAAAUAAGAUUCGUGAUACGGCAAAAAGACUACUAACAAAUCCUCCACUGUUGAAAGAAGACUCAGAAGGUCAGAAUCCACAUGUUGCUGAUGAGUCUGAUUCGUUAUUUGAAGCCUUGAUUGUUCUUGAAGAAUUCUGUAAAGAAUUAGCUGCGAUAGCGUUUAUUAAGUAUCAUCAUGCUACUGAAUAA